CACACACACACACACACACACACACACACAAAUACACUAGAAAAUCCUGGUGCUCGGAGGGAAGGAUGUGGAUGGUUUGACCAAGAGAAGAGGCUCAUGUAAAAGAUGCAACUCAAGUCAAGCUAAGUCAAGCUAAAACAACCUGCAACUGGAAUAACCAUGGCAGCCAGCAAGACAAGCAGUAAUUUGGUGCAUCGCACCAGUGGCCUGGCAUCCGAAAGUAAUCCUUCUCCCACAGAGAAUGGGCCUGGCAGACAGGAUGCCAAACACACAGAGCUUAAUUCAGAAGUUAUGCUGCAGAGAACAAGGCAUGUAGAGCAGAUAAAAGCAGAGGUCAUCGAGCAAGUAAAAGCUCAGAUGAGUGAGGUGUUGGACAAAGUGCUUACAGACUCAUUACAGUCAUUCUCCCAAAGUGCAGAUUCAAGUGCAGUUGAGAAUACACACCAAAAGACUGCUGAAAAAGCUAGGAGACAUAGAAUGGAAGAUGGAAAGGUUUUUGUGGCCAGGAAGUCCAUACUCGACGAGCUAUUUGAGAUCAGUCACAUCCGGAGCAUUUAUCACAUGUUCGUUGCUGCUCUCUUCCUAUUCAUCAUCAGCACAUUGGCUGUGGACUACAUUGACCAGGGCAGGCUGGUUCUAGAUUUUGACUUGUUCUUCUAUGCCUUUGGCCAGCUGGGCACUGUCAUAUGGGCCUGGCUUAUCAUGUUCAGUUACACCCUGCUUGGACCAUACUAUAUUCUGAGGCAGUGGACGGAACAUCACUACCAGUGGAAGAUGCUAGCAUCAAUAGCAACAGCUAUAGUGCUGUUGGCAGCUGAAAUGAGUGUGCUGGGGUAUUUCCCUGUGUAUGUUGUCCUGCACUACCAGUUGCCCCCAGCAUCACGCUUCAUCAUCAUCCUUGAACAGAUACGAUUCCUGAUGAAGAGCUAUUCCUAUAUUCGGGAGACGGUUGUGGCAGUACUCAGCACCAAAUCAAAGAAAGGUGAAGCUGCCAGCUUCCCUACUCUUUCCAACUAUCUCUACUUCUUGUUUUGCCCAACUCUGAUCUACAGGGAGACAUACCCUCGAAACCCUUAUAUCAGAUGGAACUAUGUGAGGAGGAACUUUGCAAUGAUUUUGGGAAGUCUGUUUUACCUCUACUUUAUCCUGGUACGUCUGUGUAUCCCUGUGUAUAUGAAUAAAAGCAAUCAGCCAUUCAGCCGACGUACUCUGGUUCUGGCUGUGUUUCACUCAACCUUACCAGGUAUGCUGAUGCUCCUAUUGGGCUUUUUUGCAUUUUUGCACUGUUGGCUCAAUGCCUUUGCUGAGAUGCUGCGCUUUGCUGAUCGGAUGUUUUACAAAGACUGGUGGAACUCCACCUCCUUUGCUAACUACUACCGCACCUGGAACGUGGUGGUGCAUGACUGGCUCUACUAUUAUGCCUACCGGGACUUCCUCUGGUUAUCAGGCCAUCGCCUCCGUUCAGUCGCCACAAUGUCUGUGUUUGCGGUUUCAGCUUUUGUUCAUGAAUAUGCUUUUACCAUGGGUUUUGGUUUUUUCUACCCUGUGAUGUUCUGUCUGUUCGCAAUUAUUGGAGUGGUCUUCAACUUCACCCUCAAUGACAAGCGCAAGAGUCCGGUGUGGAACAUUAUUAUGUGGGCGUGUCUGUUCAUUGGUCAAGGUGUGCAGGUGUGCCUAUACUGCUUGGAAUGGUACGCUCAGGUUCACUGCCCGCGUACUGGGACCGGGUUCUGGGAGUUGGUGACACCAAGAUCCUGGACAUGUAGUUAUAACAUUUAGAUAUCUAAUGCUAUCUAAUGCUGUCACAGUCUAAUGCCACAGUGUUAUUUUAUAUGAUGACUACAGAUGAUAUGCAAAAGGCAAUAUACAGCCCAUGAUUAUCAUUAUCAUCAUCAAUCACUCAUCAUUACUCAACAUCACCUCAUCAAUAAUGUGGUACCUACUGUAUAUGGCCAAAGGUUUGUGGACCCCUGACCAUCACACCCAUAUGUGGGCCUACUUUAAACUGUUGCCAGAAAGUUGGAAGCUUACAAUUGUAUAGGAUGUCACUGUAUGCUGUAGCAAUUAUGACUUCCCUUCAGUGGAACUAAGAGGCCCAAAACUGUUCCAGCAUGUGGCCUGUACAGAGCCCUGACGUGAAAUUCACUGAACACCUCUGGGAUGAACUGAAAUGCCGACUACGCCCCAGACCUUGCCCAACAUCAGUGCCUGACCUCACUAAUACUCUUGUAGUUGAAUGGGCACAAAUCUCCAAAUCCAUGUCCCUGAAAAGAGGAGGUUAUUAUAACGGCAAAGGGGGGACUAAAUCUGAAGUGGGACAUUCAAAAAGCAUCUAUGAGUGCGGUGUUCUGGUGUUUACAAACAUUUGGCCAUAUGAUGUAUUUCUCAUCUUUCUAGGCAGUUCAUAGGAGUAUGCGACCUAUUAGUUGCUCUCAUGCUUGCAUUUCUUUUGGAUUGUAAAUAAUUGUGUGCACUGUGUGGCUCUUGUACAAAUAAUAAAAUGAGAGUGAUAUUGA